AUGAGUCAACAACAAUCGGAAGAACGUAUCAAACAAUUGGAAGAGGAAGUAGCCUCUCUGAAGAAUCAACUUCAAAAUCAACAACAAAAAGUGAUCCGAGAGAAAAUUUCUGUCAUUUCUUCCGAAGUUAAGGACGAUAAUCCAUACUCUAGAUUGAUGGCUCUCUCAUCGAUGGGUAUUGUUAAGAAUUAUGAAAAAAUCAGAGAAUUUACUGUGGCUGUUGUUGGAUUGGGAGGUGUUGGUGCUGUUGUUUGCGAAAUGUUAACAAGAUGUGGUAUUGGUAAAUUAAUCUUGUUCGAUUUUGAUAUUGUCUCUCUUGCUAAUAUGAAUCGUUUGUUCUUCACUCCGGAUCAAGUUGGUAUGACAAAGGUGGAUGCUUCAAAGGAAACUCUUUCAAAGAUUAAUCCUGAUGUUGUUUUUGAAACAUGUUCAUAUAAUAUUACUUCUUUGGACAAUUUUGAUACUUUUAUGAAUACAAUUAAUACUGGAAAUUUAUUAACAAAUGGAAAGGUUGAUUUAGUAUUGUCAUGUGUUGAUAAUUUUGAAGCUAGAGUUGCAAUUAAUAGAGCUUGUAAUGAAUUGAAUAUUAGAUGGAUGGAAAGUGGAGUCAGUGAAGAUGCUGUCAGUGGUCACAUUCAAUUCAUGGUUCCUGGUCUCACUGCUUGUUAUGAAUGUGCUCCACCAUUGGUUGUUGCAAGUGGUGUUAAGCAAGUUAAACGUGAAGGUGUUUGUGCUGCCAGUUUACCAACAACUAUGGGUAUUACUGCUGGUUUAUUGGUUCAAUCUGUAUUGAAAUACUUGUUGAGAUUUGGUAAGAUUAGCUAUUACUUGGGUUAUAGUGCCAUUAAUGAUUAUUUCCCAACCAUGAAGGUUCGUCCAAAUCCUCAAUGUUCCAAUCCAAUGUGUCUCAAGAGACAAACUGAAAUUGCCAAAUUGAAGGAAGAAGGUUUACUCGACUUGGAUCUCGAUGAAGAAGAUAAGGAACAAGCUGAUGAAAAGAAGAUUGUUCACACAGAAAAUGAAUGGGGUAUUGAAAUUGUUGCUGAUGAAGUUGAAGAUAUUGACAUUCACUCACAUGCUCAUCGUCAUGAAGAUUUAUCACACGGUCUCGAAUAUCAAUACGAACAUCACAAUAAGAAGGUUGAUGAGAAGGAAUUGGUAAAUGUUGAAAAUCAAGAUUUGGAUGAACUGAUGAAACAAUUGAAUGAAUCAAUGAUGUAA